CGAGAGUUAUGUGGCGGCAGGCGUCUUGCGCGCCUGCGCGCCGCUCCGCCCCCGGGUGCUUGGGCCGGCGGCGGCACCGAUCGGAACCGAUGCGUGUGAUCCCCCUGAUCCCCCCGAUACCUGCUCCCCGCUGCGGCAGCACCGGCGCCGAAAUGGGUCUACCUUUAGAAGAUGCAGUGCACUAGGUUUGGUGCUUGGAAGAUGAUUAGUCAUGGCAUCAGAACUAUGUAAAACAAUCUCUGAGGCAAAGCUGGAAAGGCACAAGAACUUGUUCUUAAAUUACCGAAACCUUCAUCACUUUCCUUUGGAGCUUCUGAAAGAUGAGGGGCUGCAGUACCUGGAGAGACUCUAUAUGAAAAGGAAUUCCCUGACCACAUUGCCAGAAAACCUUGCACAGAAGCUUCCAAACCUCGUGGAAUUGUACCUUCAUUCAAAUAACAUAGUUGUUGUACCUGAAGCCAUUGGCUCCCUGGUUAAACUGCAGUUUCUGGACCUCAGUGAUAAUGCCCUGGAAAUUGUGUGUCCAGAGAUCGGCCGCCUGAGAUCCUUACGUCACCUGCGUCUGGCCAACAACCAGCUGAAGUAUUUACCUGCAGAGGUUGGAGACCUGAGGGAGCUGCAGACCUUGGACAUCUCAACCAACCGCUUGAUAACUUUACCCGAAAGGCUGCACAUGUGCCUCUCCCUCCAGUACCUGACUGCAGACAGAAACCACCUCUGGUAUGUUCCCCGCCACCUCUGCCAGCUGCCAAGCCUCAAUGAGCUCUCCAUGGCUGGAAACCGCCUGGCAUUUCUGCCACUUGAUUUAGGUCGUUCACGAGAGCUACAGUAUGUUUAUGUGGAUAACAAUAUUCAUCUGAAAGGCCUCCCAUCUUAUCUGUAUAAUAAAGUCAUUGGUUGCAAUGGUUGUGGUUCUCCAAUCCAAGUUUCAGAGGUGAAGCUGCUCUCUUUUUCAUCGGGCCAGUUAACAGUGUUCCUGCCAGCAGAGGUGAAAUCUAUAGGGACAGAAACAGAUCAUGUGCUGCCUUUGCAAGAACUGGCAAUGAGGACCCUCUAUAACACCUACUACAGGUUUUUAAAAGAUUUGAACUUUUUGACUCCAAUCUCACUACCCAAAAGCCUCUUGGAAUUGCUGCACUGUCCCUUGGGACACUGCCACCGCUGCAGCCAGCCUAUGUUUACCAUUGUCUACCCAAAGCUCUUUCCCUUGAGGGAGACUCCAAUGGCAGGAUUGCAUCAAGGGAGGACAACUGUUAGUUUUGUGGCAUACUGCUGCUCCACCCAGUGUCUGCAGACUUUUGACCUACUGAGUUGAUAAACAUUUAAAACUGCUCAGGAGUGCUGCCAGUUUAAAGCUGCAUUAGACAUCGUAUCCCAUUGGUACUGGAAUACUGUGUGCGUGCGUGUGUGCCAAAGCAGCAGAAGUGCCCAGGCCAGAACACUGAGAGGCACUUAAAUCCUACCCUAUCAAAUUUGGAUGAACUGCAGAAACUUUUCGGAAGUGUAAAUACCAAGCUUUUAAAAGUAUUAACUUCUCUCUCCUCCAAGGCAGCACACAAACCAAACAAAUUCGCAAGCUCUGACUUCAGGAUUUCCAUUCUUUUUCAAAUGUGGCUGUCUUCAGGUUGACCCAUUGCAUCGUUUUGAGGCAGUUUUCGUUCCUAGCAGGGGGAAAAAAGGUCCAAUUACAUACAACAGUUUUUGUUUACCCAUCAUACUUCUUACAGCUGGAUUCAGGUCUACAGAUCUAAGCCUAUGGAAACCUUUGAACAACCCAGUGACUUCUCCAUAGAAUUUUGUUUUAUUUUCUCCCUCUUAUAUUUUUCCAUAGCAGAGUUAUCCCAGUUGUAUACCUGGGUCUUUCACAGUUAACUCUGCUAUUUAAAUCCACGUUAAAAGCAGCUCGCACUUGUACUUUCUGGUAUCUUUAGAAGCUACACUGAUUUAAUUGGAGUAACGAGGCUGCUAGAGGUCCUGUGUCAGUAGGGAAGGCUGGUACUGAUGGUCUUGCUCCAGCAAGUUUGAGGUUGUCUUUUCUUCAUUUUCAUCACUCAUGUCUUUUUAAAAACACAUCCCCUCUUGCUUCUUUGAGUUUUUCGGGAAGAAGAUGAAGUUCAAAUUUCACUUGAAAAAAAAAAUCUUAAUACAAUAGUAAAUAUUUAUAUUUAUUAUAUUUUUACAAUUGCAGACUGUAGAUUUGCAAAGAGUUGGUCAUCUUUUUCUAGAUUCAGCCUUUGGCUGAUUAUUGAGUGUUUUAGUGGAGUGUGUUAACCUUGGAGAAGGCUGGAAAUCUCGGGGAGGAAGGUGUGUCUCCAUACAUAGGUAUAUAUACAUACCUAGAUACCUUCACAGAAUGGCAGUACCAUUUGGGUUUCUAUAAUAAUGGCAGAUUUAACUUGCAUUUCCACUCAACUAUGGUGUUUGUGAUAAUCUUUUUUUGUUAGAUCAAAUUCAAAUUCAUUUCAAAUAAAGGAUAAAGGAUGGAAGAAAGGCCCAAAAUGUCUGCAUGGCUUAAUUUUAAUUUUGUACUGAAACAGUUUAUAAAAAUAAUUAGCCCCUCUUGACUUGUUUUGGAAUAUAUAUUCUUUUAAUACAAUGUGUUCUCUAUUUUUUCCCCCCACUUUCUUAGGUGUAAACUACUUGUUGAUUUAGCACAGAGUGCUGCUCUGUGCAGUAGGUAGUUACAAGCUGAAUGAAACAUUUUGUUAUAAAAAUGGCAAGAUAAAGAGACUUAUUUGAUAGUGUAUUAGCAUAUGUUGUGGUGAGGUGUGCAUACUUUGAAGGGAGGAGGCAGUAAAAUGUUUGCCUUUUACCAAAGAAGCAUUUGUUCCCCCUGCAGGCUUCCUGGCAUCUCUUCAAUAAAUAGAGUAUCUUAAGAGCUUAAGAAGGUUCCAAAAAGGCAAUUUUUUAGGAUAGAAUUCUUAGGUUGUGCAUGUUACUUGCAAAAGCUUUGCUGGUUUUAUUGGGUUGGUUUUAGAGAGUUGAAUUAACAUUAAGAAAUGUAGAACUUAAUCCUUCAGGAAUGCAAGUAUCAUCUACUGUUUGGGAAUUUUGAAACUUUCUAAAACAAAUCCCAUUUAUUAAAUGCAGUAGGGGAAAGAGCCAUAUCCAAGCAAACUUUGUACUAUUGGAUUUCUGACUUUCUCAUUUCACUAAUUUCUUUCAAUGUUGGUAUCUCCAGCAGGCCCUCUCCCUCCCCCCCGGGAGGUUUCACUGCUGAGGCAGCAAAAUGCAGCUUACACUUUUUUCUUUUUCCUCAGUACUAAACAGUUGAGGGACAAACUGCCCACAUACAUUUAUAUCUCUAUCAGAAAUGUGUAAGUGUAGUACAGAAUCUAUUUUUUUAAGUGGAUAUAGGAGUACUAUGGGAGUGUUACAAAUACUCAUUUUUGAUGCAAUACUCUGAUCAGGAAUUUUCAGUAUUAUUUUUACUGUGGCUUCCUCUGUCUUUGGAGGAGAUUUCUUGUUGGAAACUUAUUUGUCCUUUUUUUGUAGCAACUUACAAACUUUAAAAUACAUUGGAUUUCUGAAUUCAGCCUGUAAAUAUUUUGGACUUAAAUGUCUUGAUCAUCUAAAAGGCAUUGGUGGGGUUUUUUUCUUAGGGGUCAGAUAAUGAGUGGAGCUUGAUUAUUAUUGAUUAUUAUUUUUAAAUUAUCUAAUUUUUAUUUUCUUUCUUCUUCCCAUAAUUUUAAUUGUUUUUUUCGAGUUCAUACCAGUUUCACUAUUGUUAAGUUCAGUGCAGUUCAGAAGAAGUAUAGUCUGUUCUAUAAUCAGGAUGAGUCUUAACUAACACUUGAUAUUUCAAGAAUGGAAUUUUCAAUGAAUAAAUGACUUAAACAUGUGAUUGAAGCUGAAAUGUCAUACCCUAUUUUUAUAAAACAAAGAAGAGAAAAGCCAAUAUAUAGACUGGAAAUGCAGAUUAAAUUCUUGUUUUCUGUA